AUGGAUAUUGACGAGCCUAUAAAGGAACAAGGGCCUACCUUUUCCCUUGAUAUUUUGGCUCUUACUAAUGAAGCUCGAAAUACUUAUGGUCUUCGACAUCAAGAUUAUACGCGUUAUAGACAGUAUUGCGCGAAACGGAUACAUCGUCUUCGUGAAUCUGUGAAUUUCGUUCACUGCAAAGGUAGUAAAUUCAAUCAGGCAAGGGAAGUAACUGAAGCAGAUCUUAAUGACGUGAGAUUCUUACAUAUUGUAUUAUUUGACGUUGAACGUGCCUGGAGUUACGCCAUGGAAUUGAAGAGAGAGUCUAGAUCUAGUGGUGAUACGCGUAAAAAACAUCAUUUAAUUAAAAGAUUAAAAAAGGCGGCAAAGUUAGGUGAAAAACUAGAAAAUUUGUGCUCACGAGAAGCUGGUAAAGUCGAUACUCGGACAAUUUUGGAAGCUCAGGCAUAUUCAGCUUUGAUGUCUGGCUACUUAUUAUUUGAGAGGCAAUCAUGGCAAGCUGCCUUAGACAAAUUUGCAGCUGCAAGGACAAUAUAUGAAAAAUUGUCUGCUGCAGGAACUGCUCAUCAAGAGACACUUUGCCAAUCAACUAUUGAUGAUAUUGAUCCUAAUAUCCGUUAUUGUGCCUACGUAUUACGAUUAGGUACUGAUAGUGUUUCUGACGUAGAUGAUCUCGUAAAGAUGACUAUCGGAAAAAAUAAAGGAGUCGGAUUGGACUUAUUAGAAGCAGAAGUAGAGUCUGUUUUAGCUCAAACGCGUCAAGAAAAAGCUGCGUCACUUACAUCCAUUACUUGGAGAGAUCGCACCGUUCCACUUAGAAAUGCUGAAUUAGCAAUUUGUAUUUUAAAAGCAAAAGAUGCAACAACAAAUUUGGAGAACGCUUCUGACGCGGAUGUAGAAGAGGCGACAAAAAUGGAAAUGUUUGACUCUCUUCUAGAGGCUUAUGGAGAUGCAGAAAGGUUCGCUAAAAAUGCCGUUAAAGAAGAUAUGGAAGCGACUGCAAAAGUUAAAUCUUCUAAAUCGGAACAAAUUUCUGCUGAUCUUAAUUUCGUUUAUAAUUACGUAGCAUAUAAUUAUUUAAGUCGUAGAAUUCAACGUAAUCUUAUGCUUGUUGAUUUACUUCGGCAUAAAUUAAAACAAGAACAUUCGGAAGGUGCUCGAUUUGUAGGUGGAAAAUAUCAAGAUAUUGUCAAACUAUAUGAUAACGUAUUACAGAGUUUGAACGAGAUUAAAGAUCUCCCUUCAGUACAGGAUAAUUUAACAUUUUCUCAAGAAAUUGAUGCAAAAAUUUGGUAUUUUAAAGCUUGGAGAACCUUAUAUGUUGCGUCCGCCUAUGCGGUUUUAAACAAAGAUUGUGAAGCAAUAUCUCUAUUUGGACGCGCUCAAGAAUAUACUUCUCAGGCGAAAAGUGCUUUUUCCCAGGUAACAUUGCCUGAUAAAGAUGACGUAUUGGUGGUUACUUUAAAGGAAGUCGAAGAAUUAGAAAACAUUAUAAGAGGAUUCAGAUGUAAGGCACGUGCAACAUGGCAUCUUAGACAUUGUGGAUCGGAUGAUUCUGACGUAACAAAGAAAUUGGGUGAAUUGACUAUUGAUGAAAAAUCUAAAUCUGAUAUCAAAGAUGAAGAGAUACCUUUGAUCGAACGUCUUCACCAAUAUCCAUCGAAUUUAACAAUGAAUAAUCCGCAUUUAAUUAAUUUUCCACCGGAAUUUACACCAAUUCCUGCUAAGCCAUUAUUUUUUGACAUAGCUUUCAAUCAUGUUGAUUUUCCUUCAUCUCUAUCUCAGCGUGCCGGCAGAAAGCAAGAUGGGUCAAGUCGUUUUGGUGGCUUUUUUGGUAGUUUAUGGGGUGCUAAGAAAUGA